AUGAGCAAUGAUACGCUUAAACAGCUUGUGAGAUACCACCCGAAUCACCCAGAACCGACAGUUGGUGCUGAAUUCUUUGGUUUCAUAAAAGAUGCAAACUAUGUUGACCCAGAUCCAGUUGAUCAUCAGAACUGGAGAAAUGAAGCUGAAAUGAAAGAGGCAGUGUAUGCUGAAGAGCUGAAGAUUCUUAAAGAUUUCAAAAACACCAAGAAUGAGUGGUAUGUGAAAGAAACAGGGAGAAGACGUAGAAAGGCCACUCCUAUUGUUCAAAAGGUUGAGAGAUCUUCUUCACAACCAAAGAAGAAGCAAAAGAAAGCUGCUAAAACGUCUUUGAUCGAUGAGCCUGAAGAAGAUGAAACCGUGGUAGCUGCGGAGGAAGAUCCAUUUAACGUUGAUGAACAUAUGUUGUUUGAUACUGAUGUCUUAGAGACAGGGCCAACAGUGGUUGCUGAAGUUGAUCAAGUUGUGAAUGUUGAAGCUCAGAAAGGGAAAGAUAAAGUUGUUGAUGACAUUGAGGAAGAUGAUGUGGAUAAAGACACUACAAGCUCCUCAAGUUCUUCAGAAGAGGAAGUUGAUGAAACCGAACAACAUGUCUCCGAAUCACAAUCUCCUCCAGGUGGUAGAAAGAAAGCUGGAGCUCGUAAGAAAGUCAUAUCUCCAAAGAUCAGAAAGGUUACGCCAAAGAUAUCAAAGCCAAAGAUUGUGCUAAAGAAGAAACAAACCAAGGAAACCAGGAAACCACCAACACCUUUACAUGAACAAACACCACCACAAUCACCAAUCCAAUCACCACCCCGACAACCUACACCACCACAACAUUCUUCCCCACCAAAACAACCAACACCACCAAGACAUCUGUCACCACUACAUCUUUCACCACCACCACAACAAACACUAUUCACCUCACAAGAAAUCUUUCAAACACCUCCACUCACCCAAGGUCAACUAACACCUGGUUCUGCGGGGUUUCGAAAUUUUCCAAAUAUUCCUUCGAAUUUGAAUGUGAGCCUUGAUGAUGUAGGAGAUUUUGAUUUCGCAAACACCUCACAAGUAAAGAAUGUUGAAAAGAAGGUUGAUGAAGUGAUUGCUGAGAACAAGAAGCUAGCCACUGAAAACAAGAAAGUUAUAUGUCGUGAAAGAAUUCUAGAAAUGCGUGUGAAGAGGUUGGAGAAUGAUAACAAAGAGUUGGUGAAAAAGAUUGAUUCUGAUCAGUCAGAGAUAGACAUCUUGAAGGUGAGAGUUGCUGAGCUUGAGGAAGAAAAAGCUCGUCGAGAUGAGCAAAAUGAAUACUUUAAGUUGAAGAACAAAGAGCUUGAAGCAGCUAAAGCGUUCAGAGACCACGAGUUCUACAUGUUGAAUAUAGUAGUUGAAAGCAUGCUCGGAAUGUCUGUAGAGCAAAAGUUUGAAGAGCUGCAAGUUGAAGAGCUCAGAGCAGAACGUCAAGCUAAAAUUGAUGAGCAGGUGAAAGACAAGGGCAUAGGCAUUGGAAGUAGUUCUGCAGUGACUGAGAGAUCGAUUGUUCCUUCAAUGGUUGUUGAAAAUCCCGAGCCUAUCUCUGCUGUUUCUGGUCUUUUUGAGGAUUAUACUCCUCUGGAUGAGUUGAUUGGAGAUAGUGAUGAAGAAGAUGAAGAUGAGGAGGAUGACGAGGAAGAUGAAAAAGAUGAGAAAGUAUAUUCUGCGAGCAGUCAUGGUUCUGACAACGAUGACGAUGAUGCUCAGGGUGGUACAUGGUUGAAAGUUACUGAGGCUUCCACUGAGAAGAAUGUUGAUGAUUUGAUGAACGAUUCUGUGAACGAAGAAUAA